UCAAUGUUUAAUGGAGCCUAGGAACUAUCACGCAAGAAAGAAAGCUUCUGGCUCCUCUCGACCUCCCAAUACUUAUGUUAUACCCACUGGGACAUUACAAGGCACAGCGUCAUCAUUGCAGCAACCUCUCGCCACUGCUACGGCAACUGGCACAUCGUCAUAUCCUGAUAUCAUCAUAACUCGGGCCGGAUGGUGGACUCGGUUCUUACUCUGGAUUGGUUGCGUCUCUUUUUAACACACAGACUCUCAAUUCCCUUCACAAAGUGGCCCCCACUCCUCAGAACCGCAGACAAGGUCAGUUCUUCGUCGCUUAUUCCACCGCAGCCCCUCCAAUGCCCAAGAUACG